AAGCUCUGGAGUUGCAGCGGAUGAUUGAGGAGCAGCAUCAACAACAGAAGGACCAGGGUGAGGUUGGGACACAGAUCUUUCAGAUUCCUGUAUCAGUGGCUCUUCCUUCUCUCAGUGCAAGCCCUAUCAUAGCUCCCCUGACCAGCCCAAAAGCUUCCCCGAUGAAGAUCGUCCAGAGCACUACUCCAUUCACGCCCAUUGUCAGUUCUGAAAGCCCCACUUCUGUGGUGUUUUCUACAAGCCCUGCCCCUGUAGUGUUUCCAAGCUCUGCUGCCGUGGAGUUUUCUACAAGCCCCGCUCCUGUAGUGUUUCCAAGCUCUGCUGCUGUGGAGUUUUCUGCAGCCGGCUCUGCUUCUGUGGUGUUUGAUCUUGGUGGACCUGAGGACACAGACGAUGAUGUCCAGAUAAUUACUCCACCACUGAAAACUGAAUCUAUGGAUCACUCUGGUUUAGUCUCACAAGAUACAAGUGAAACAAUGAAGUUUAAAACAAACAAGAAGCCAAUGUUUGGGCAGCUAUCCCAGGAUGGAGAAGGUGGAAUAAGUUCAUUAGAUCAGCCCACACAGUCAGUUUUCAGUCAAGUUGAACAAAGUCAACCUGCAGACACAAUUGUUGGUGUGUUAGGUCAAGUGGGGCAACCAAUCACAAGUCAACAAGGAAUAGCGGCUAUUUUGAGCCAAGCAGGGCAACCAAUCACAAGUCAGCAAGGAAUAGCGGCUAUUUUAAGCCAAGCAGGACAACCAAUUAAAAGUCAGCAAGGAAUAGCAACUAUUUUAAGCCAAGCAAGGCAACCAAUCACAAGUCAGCAAGGAAUAGCAGCCAUAUUAAGCCAAGCAGGGCAACCAAUCACGAGUCAGCAAGAGAUGACAGCCAUUUUAAGCCAAGCAGGGCAACCAAUCACAAGUCAGCAAGAGAUGACAGCCAUUUUGAGCCAAGCAGGGCAACCAAUCACAAGUCAGCAAGGAAUAGCAGCCAUAUUAAGCCAAGCAGGGCAACCAAUCACGAGUCAGCAAGAGAUGACAGCCAUUUUGAGCCAAGCAGGGCAACCAAUCACAAGUCAGCAAGGAAUAGCAGCCAUAUUAAGCCAAGCAGGACAGCCACUCACUAGUCAGGGAGAGAUAACAGCCAUUUUAAGUCAAGCAGGGCAACAGAUGACAAGUCAAGGAAUGACAGCUAUUUUGAACCAACCAAGUCAAGCCAUGCUCAGUCAGAGCAGUCAAUCUGGAGCUAUUCAAAGCAGUAUACAAGGAAUACCCAUUCAAGCAGUGCAGCCUUUAUAUAGCCAGAAAAAUGCUCUUCCUGUACAAACCAUGGAUAUAGGGGGUGUGGAUAGCUCUGGGAAUAGCCUCGGUGAAAACCAGCCAUCCAUCAUGUUAGCUAUGAAAGAUAACAAAAUACAAGUCAUCCAACAACAACAACAACAACAACAACAACAACAACCCAGCUUGGAUUUGCCAGCUCAAGGUAGUGAUAUCAAACAAGACAAUGUUCACAUCAUGCAGACAGACGUCGUUCAAACACAGACCCAUCAUGUUGUUCAGACCAAAAUUGAGCAGACAGUUAAACCAACAUGCCAAGCCCAGUCCAUAAAACAAGCUGUGAGACCAACUAAAAAUCCAGCUAAGGCUCUGACCCCUGCACAAGCACUGAGAGCUCUCCAACUUCUCCAACAGGCAGGGCUAUUAGAGGCAUCAGGGCUCUCCUCAGACCAGCAGAAGCUUGUCUCACAAUUACCAAGAUUGUUAUCUAUAGUCAAGAAUGAGAAGGAGGAAGUAAUUCAAGCCCAGUGUUGUCCACCUGUAGACCAAUCCAUCCAGCAAUCAAUGAAUGUGCAAAUAAAUGAACCACUGCAAGCAUUGCAACAGCAGACCAUACAGCAACAGACAGUUCAGACACAGCAACAAACAGUGCAGCAACAGACAGUGCAGCAACAAGUGGGACAGCAACAGACACUGCCGCAACAAGUGGGACAGCAACAGACAGUGCAGCAACAAGCAGUGCAGCAACAGACUCUACAACAGCUGCUUCUGCAACAGCGGCAAACUGUACAGCAGCAGUCUCUACAGCAGCAGACACUACAGCUGCAACAGACCCUACAACAGCAACAACUGCAACAUCUUGUAAAUCAAAAUCAGUUAAAAGAUGUGGCUACACAACAGAACCAACUCUCACUAAAACGAGAUGUCUCUGGUGAACAAAAAGCACAAAGUAUUACAAGGGCCAGCCUUGGUGGUACAACCACAUUGCAGCAGAGUACAUUGGAUUCUUUGGCAUUGAUUAACCAAUCUGCUCCCGGGACCAGUCCAAAAGGUUUUGCCCUUGGAACCCCUGUUUUACAACCAGUGACCCCCCAACAUUCCACUCCUUUUCCCCAACAAGUUCUACAAAAUCCUACACCGUCCUUGGACCCCAAACAAGGCCUACAAUUGUUGCAGCUUUUACAACAAGGCGGGUCAUUCAUAACAAGCACUCCAGUUGUGCAGAUUCAUAAACAUCCCACACCUGUCUCACAAGUGACCACCACUCCCCAAACAAUUCUAACCCAGACAAGGCAAGCGACACCUACAUUUGUAUCUGAGGCUUCCUCCAUGCAGAGCUCGUCAAGUAGUCAGUCUGAGUUAUUAACCCAUCUAUUACAGCGUCUGCCUGUGCAGCACCCAUCUCUGCCACCUCAAACACAGGAGCUUACACAGCAGUUGCUGCAACAUCUCCAACAGAUUCCUGCACAAGGUCAGCAGCAGGAGCUUCAACAGAAGCAGGCAUUGCCUCAACAGCAACUCCACCAAACUCUACACCAACAGCAACAACAGUAUCAGGUGCAGCAACAAGCGCCGCAACAAAUCCAACAACAAGCCACGCCAGUUCAGCAAAUACCACAGCUGCCUGAACUACUUGAACUUGAGCAAUUGCUACAACAGUAUCCCAAAUCUGAGGCACAACCAAAACCUCUACCCUCCCAACAUCAGUUCUCGAGCCAGCAGGUAUUGCCUCAGCAGUUGAUAGGUGUACCAGCAUCUUCUAGGCCCUCGCAGACAUUCAUAACAACACAGCAACCUAUGACUGAGUCAGGGUCCCAGAAAUUUCAUAUUUUGGCCCCAUCAUCAUCAUCUUCAGAGGCUUUACAAAGUCUGAGUCAAUCUUCUCAAAUGGUUCAGUCACCAGUUGAGAAUAGCCAGGUUCCUGGUUCACCUUUAGUUGCCCAAUCUCCUCUUGCGCAAAGCUCAAUACCCGCCUCACCUCAUAGUGUUCAGUCACCACAAAUGAUUCCUCAAUCUCCUCAAAUGGUUCCCCAAUCCCCAAUUAUCCCCCAAUCCCCGCAGAUUCCUCAGUCACCGCUAUUGGCUGAUUCGCCUCAAGUGCCCCCAUCCCCCCAGAUGGUCCAAUCCCCAGAGGUUAUAAUACAACAUGAUCCCUUACUAAGUGAAACCAACCAAGCCUCGUUGCUACAGCAACUCCAAUCAGAAGCUCUGAAACAACAGCAAGAGGACCAAUUGCAGCAACAACAACCACAAGUAUCUACCGUGGAGUUACAAGCAAGACUGCAGCAACAGAUUGACCAACUGUUGCAGCUACAGAAAGAUCAGCAGCUCUUACAGCAACAAGAAGAACAGCAAUUUCAACAGCAACAAAUGGAACAGCAGUUACAGCAGCAGAAGGAGCAGCAAUUUCAACAGCAGCAAACAAUUGAGCAGCAGCUAUUAGAACUAGAACAGCAGCAAGAGUUGAAUAAACAGCACAAUGAACAGCAACAGACCAGUGGCAGUCUACAAAAAAUGGAAGAUUCUCCGAUGCUAGCUGCUGCACUGGAUCAAGGUGGUCUGAACCCAACGGUUGCCCCUAGUUACAAAAUGGAUGAUUCUGAAACUAAAAUGCUGACAUCAUCUCAAGAUGAAAACGUCGCCAUUCCUACGACUGUCACUACACCUGAUGAUGUCACUAUGGUGUCACAACCACCCACAAAUAACCGGGCGACUCAAAAUUGGCAACAUGCCAACAAUUUACCCCAGGUUUCUCCUGAUGAUGUUGACCGUUUGCUUCAGUCGAUGCCUGAUGUAAAUUCCCCAAAUUCUUGAUACGUCUGCUUGAAGAAGUGCAUUAUGGGACAUCAUUGUAAUGCAAAAAGCCUAAAAUAGCAUUAUGGAACAAUAAAUGGUGCAUUUUGAAUAUAAGAAGAAGAUCUGUAUAAUAAAAUUUUGAACUACAAAUGUUGAUGGAU